AUGUCCACCACCACCGCCCAUAAUGACCUCCCACUACACACCCACAAGCGCUCCCGUCGAACGACCGCGAACCGCGUGUUUGCGGUGGUUCACUCGUGUGCCAUCCUAGCCCUUCUCUACCGCCAUGCACUCUCUCUCCUCCACUCCACAUCCCUCACCUCUUUCCUUAUCACCCUCACCUUCCUCAUCUCUGACUCUAUUCUGGCUUUCAUGUACAGCACCGCACAAUCUCCUCGUAUGACACCGAUUUACCGUAAAGAAUUCCCUGAAAACUUGAAAAGGGUUGUCAAAGAAUCGGAUUUCCCAGCGUUAGACUUGUUCAUUUGCACUGCUGAUCCUUUCAAAGAGCCACCAAUGAACGUGGUAAACACCGCCUUAUCGGUCAUGGCUUAUGAUUAUCCGACCGAUAAGGUUUCAGUGUAUGUUUCAGAUGAUGGGGGCUCGGCUCUCACUCUCUUUGCUUUCAUGGAGGCCGCCAAGUUUGCAAGUCAUUGGCUACCUUUCUGCAGAGAGAACAACAUAGUGGAACGCUGCCCUGAAGCUUACUUUGAAACUGAUCAUUCUCGGUUACCUGAAGCUGACAAGAUCAAGAUUAUGUACCAAGGCAUGAAAGUGAUGGUAAACAAUGUAAUUGAAAGAGGCAAAGUUGGCGACGAAUAUAUAACUGGAGAACGGGAAAGGAUAGCUUUUAGGAAAUGGACGGAUGGAUUUACCCGACAAGAUCAUCCCACUAUUAUUCAGGUUCUUUUGGACAAUAGCAAAGACAGAGACAUUGCAGACAAUUCAUUGCCAAACCUAAUAUACGUCUCUAGAGAGAAAAGCAGGACAUCACACCACAAUUUUAAAGCUGGUGCCCUCAAUGCUCUUCUUCGAGUGUCGGCCGCCAUGACCAAUGCUCCAAUAGUCUUAACCCUAGACUGUGACAUGUUCUCCAAUGAUCCCCAAACACCUCAUCGUGCCCUCUGUUACUUCUUAGACCCCAAAAUUCAAUCUGACCUAGGGUACGUGCAGUUUCCUCAACGCUUUCGUGGGAUCGACAAGAGCGACAUGUAUGCAUCUGAAAACAGGCAUUUGUUUGAAAUUAAUCCACGGGGAAUGGAUGGGGUUUUAGGGCCAAAUUAUGUAGGAACUGGUUGUUUUUUCUCAAGAAGAGUUUUCUUUGGCGACCCAUCGAAGUUUUUACCACCCGAAAACCCCCAACUUGGCCCAAACAAUUUGGUGGACAAGCCCAUUCAGAGUCCAGAUGUUCUAGAAUUGGCACACCAUGUUGCAGCUUGCAACUAUGAGAAAAACUCCAAUUGGGGAUCAAAGAUUGGCGUGAGAUAUGGUUCGCUGGUGGAGGACUACUAUACUGGUUAUCGUUUGCAGUGUGAGGGGUGGAAGGCCAUAUUUUGCAAUCCAGAUAAGCCAGCAUUUUAUGGGGAUUCCCCAGUCAACCUUAUUGAUAUUUUAAAUCAAACCAAGCGAUGGGCCAUAGGCCUCCUUGAGGUGGCUUUCUCUAAGUAUAGCCCAAUUACAUUUGGCAUAAAAUCCAUUGGGCCGCUCAUGGGCCUUGCUUAUUGUCAGUAUGCAUUUUGGGCCAUUUGGUCAAUUCCAAUCACCGCAUAUACCUUUCUACCCCAACUAUCUCUUCUCAAUGGACUCACUAUAUUUCCAAAGGUUUCAGAGCCAUGGUUUCUCUUAUAUGUGUUUGUUUUCAUCGGAGCCUACGGUGAAGAUCUUCUAGAUUUUUACUCAACUGGAGUAACAUUCCAAAAGUGGUGGAGUGACCAAAGGAUGUGGCUGAUUAGGGGACUAUCAAGCUUCAUGUUUGGAUCCAUUGAGUUCUUCUUCAAGUCCUUUGGCAUUGCCACACUUGGGUUCAAUGUGACAAGCAAAGUCCUUGACGAGGACCAAAGCAAAAGGUACGAACAAGGAAGUAUGGAGUUUGGAGUCCCAUCACCUUUGUUUGUGCCCCUAACAACGGCUGCCAUUGUCAAUUUGGCUGCCUUUGCUUGGGGGCCUGUAGAGGUUUUCAGAGGCAGCAAUGGCCUGGAGGGACUGUUGAUGCAGAUGUUCAUAGCUGGGUUUGGGAUAGCAAAUUGCAUACCAAUUUAUGAAGGCAUAAUUAGGAGUGAUAAAGGAAAAAUUCCUACAAAAAUUACUUUAGUUUCAACAUUUAUAGCAUUUGCUCUUUAUGCAGCAGCUUAUGUUACUCUUAGAAACUGA